GAACAUGGGUGCGGACAAGCUGCCCGAAAUUCGGGCUCUUGCUGAAGUGGUUAAACCCCACUUUUCAGGGGCCCGCCUCCUUAAUUAUCAGACAAGCAGUCUGACAAAACCGGGCGAUAACUACGGAAGCGUUCUCCUGGCAAUUCGUGCCCGGCUGCAGAAACCCAAUGGUGAGUCGUUUGAGGAGCAGCUGGUGGCUAAAGUGCCUCCGAUCGACCCCAAGUACUGGCAGUUUUUCCAGCCUGAGCGAACAUGCCUCACUGAGAACGCUGUUUACAAGAUUUUGGCCCCUGCUCUGGCCGUCCUUCAAGAUGAAGCUGCGGUCCCUGCCGAGAGCCAAUUUAAAGGAUUUCCUCGCUUCUAUGGCUGUCGCGAAUCCCUCGAAUCCAACUCCUCAAAGGUAGACCACAAUGCCGUGUUGGUGCUGGAAAAUUUGCGUAGCAGUGGCUACGUCUCCGGCCAGAGGCUAAAACCUUUCGAUCUGGCACACACGCUGCUAGCCCUUAAAUAUAUGGCCGAGUUCCACGCCCUUUCUCUGGCUCUGCGAAUUCUCCGACCAGAGGUGUUCCGGGAACAGGUCCGGCCGUUCUUCAAAAAGUUCGAUUGGCAUGCUGAAGCGCCCGAGUGGAAGUCGGUAAUGAAGGCAGAGACUCUGGAGGACAUCCGUCGAGCCACCAACAACGAUUCCAGACUAGUAGCCCGAAUGAAGGAGUUGUCGGACCAGUUUUUUGAAUUCUUAGCAGCCGCCCCAGAUAGACCCGAUGGCCCUUUUACCAGCAUUAUACACUGUGACUUUUGGAUAAAUAAUAUGAUGUUUCGUUACGGACCCUCUGGAACACCCAUCGAGCUGAAAAUUGUCGACUUUCAGACGGCACAGUACGAUUCAGUGGUGCAUGACAUAAUCUCGUUUUUGCUAUCAAGCGUUGAUACGGCUAUCUUGGAGAUAGAGUUCGAACACAUGUUGGAGGCCUACUAUGAGGCUUUUGUGCGUUGUCUGCGCCGUGUGGGAGCUAAAUUGGAGGUUCACACUUUCAAAGAGUUCCGAUUGGAAGUGAAGAGGGUGGCGUACAUUCAAGUUCCCCACGCAAUCUUUAUGACGCGCUUUAUAUUGGCUGACAGCGCGCUCAUCGGCGAUGCAGAGGCUGAGGAAUGCCCCAAGCUUACGGAUGUGCUGAAGAAUACGGGAUCGGAGCGUAUUAGCCGCAAAAUAAGCCAAAUUCUGAACUUGGCCGAAAAGUUUGACAUAUUGUACUAGGGCAAUAAAUUGAUUCGAAAAUUA